CAUAGCUGAACAUCAAGAGAAAACACACAAAAUUUGUAGAAAGAACACACUAUAAAUGCUGAAGAUCAGGAGGAGGAGGGUGUGAGAAGUGUGAGAGACAGACAUUCAUGGAGAUUGAGGAGGAGAGGGCAGAUGGGAGAUGCUCUGUGGAGGAGGCUGCAAAGAGAGCAGAAGGAAGAAAAGGGAAGUAUGGGGAGGCUGCCGCCAUUGCUGCUGCUUCUAUGUAUUUGGUUUGGGAAAAUCUGAGUGUUAUGGUUCCAAAUCUCUGGAAUGGACAGAGUAGAAGACUCUUGCUUGAUGGUCUCAAUGGCUAUGCUGAGCCUGGAAGAAUCAUGGCCAUUAUGGGUCCUUCUGGCUCUGGGAAAUCCACCCUUCUCGACUCCUUGGCAGGUCGAUUGGCACAAAAUGCAGUCUUGACAGGAAAUAUUCUUCUGAAUGGAAAGAAAAGAAGGCUAGAUUACGGCAUUGUGGCCUAUGUGACCCAAGAGGAUACAAUGUUGGGGACUCUGACAGUAAGAGAAACCAUAUCAUAUUCAGCCAAUUUGAGGCUUCCAAGUUCUAUGACCAAAGAAGAAGUAAAUGAUAUAGUGGAAGGAACGAUAUUGGAAAUGGGUCUCCAAGAUUGUGCUGAGAAGAUCGUUGGAAACUGGCAUUUAAGAGGCAUUAGUGGGGGCGAAAGGAAAAGAUUAGGCAUUGCAUUGGAAAUCCUCACCAGACCAAGCCUGUUGUUCCUUGAUGAACCAACCAGCGGCCUCGACAGCGCUGCUGCUUUCUUCGUUGUUCAAGCUCUUAGAAGCAUUGCUCAUGAUGGAAGAACUGUCAUCUCUUCCAUCCAUCAGCCCAGCAGCGAGGUUUUUGCUUUAUUUGAUGACCUUUUUCUUCUUUCAGGAGGCCAAGCUGUUUACUUUGGAGAAUCAAAAAUGGCAGCUCAGUUCUUUGCUGAAGCAGGAUUUCCAUGUCCAAGGCAAAGAAACCCUUCUGAUCACUUCCUUCGCUGUAUUAAUUCAGACUUCGACGCAGUCAAUAUGGCUUUAAUGAUUUCUCAAAGAGAAAACCAAAAACCAGUAGACCCUUUAUCUAAGUUUUCAACGGCAGAGAUGAAAGCAAGACUAGUUGAGAAAUACAGAUGCUCAGAGCAGGAAGCCAAAAUGAAAACUAGGAUGAGAGAGAUAUCAGAAAUGGAAGGACUUUCUAUGACUAAUAAGAAAUGUGGAAACCGUGCUAAAUGGUGGAAGCAACUCUCAACAUUGACUAGAAGAUCAACGGUGAACAUGUCCAGAGAUUUGGGAUACUACUGGAUAAGAAUUAUUGUCUACAUACUAUUAUCUAUAUGUGUGGGCACGAUAUUCAUGCAUGUUGGUACAAGCUAUGUUGAUAUCUUUGCAAGGGCAUCUUGUGCUGCAUUUGUUUCUGGAUUCAUGACUUUCAUGUCCAUUGGAGGCUUUCCAUCGUUCAUUGAAGAGAUGAAGGUAUUUCACAAGGAAAGGCUGAACGGGCAUUAUGGGAUUGUUGUAUACACGCUAUCAAAUUUUCUGUCUUCAUUCCCAUUCUUAGCUCUCAUGUCUGUUGCUUCUGCAACAAUAGUAUUCUACAUGGUCAAAUUUGAAACCGAGUUCUCUCGUUACGUCUACAUCUGCCUUGACCUGCUGAGCUCCAUUGCAGUUGUAGAAAGCGCUAUGAUGAUUAUUGCUUCCUUGGUUCCCAACUUUAUGAUGGGUGUCAUUAUUGGAGCUGGUUACAUUGGAAUCAUGAUGAUGACUUCUGGUUACUUUAGGUUUGUGCCUGAUCUUCCCAAGGUGUUCUGGCGUUACCCAAUAUCAUACAUUAACUAUGGCGCCUGGGGUUUACAGGGAGCGUACAAGAAUGACUUGAUAGGGUUGGAGGUCGACUCUCAAAUUGGAGGAGGUCCUAAAGUAAAAGGAGAAGUGAUCCUUGAAAUGUUGCUAGGAUAUCAAGCUCAUCACUCCAAAUGGUGGGAUUUAGCAGCUGUGUUAGUCAUUCUAGUUACUUUCAGGCUCCUCUUUAUUUUGAUCCUCAAGUUGAAGGAGAAAGUUUCACCUUUUUUUCAAACACUCUACGCCAAGCAGACUCUACGACUUAUCGGUGAGCCAUCCUUGGCUACGAGAAAAUCAAAACUGCCACAGUUCCCUUCUAAGAGACAUCACCAACCUCUUUAUUCAUUGUCUUCUCAAGAGGGUCUCAACUCACCAAUCAACUGAAAGGGAAGGGAUAGAUCAACUACAUUCAUACGGUAACAUGGGAUAUAAGAGUUUAAACUACCCAAUUGAUUGGAAAGGAAAUACAAACAUAGACACUUUUUAAGCUUUUGUUUAUGAUGGGAUAAAAAUGUGCUCUGUUUUAGCUUGCCUUGAAUGGCUUGGUGGUUCAGGAGGUGGUGAAGUUGGUUUUGAUGUUUACGGUAUUUACUCAAUUGCCACAAUAACAAAUCAGAUGUUUAAUUUUACCCAAAAGUGCCUCCUUAUCAAAAGUGUUUGAGAGUGUUUACAUUGUGCUCAGCAAUCUAUCACUUUUGGU